CGAAGUGACUCAACUUCUCAAGGUGGCUCACGGCUGCCCAUCCAUUGGCUGUCGAUUGGUCGACUCGGCAUAAGUUUUUGAUUCUACUUCAUGUAGUAAAACCAUUUACGCCAAGCAAUAAAGACUGCAAAAUUGUGAUAACUUUCGUGCGUUUCUGAAUAAAGUUGCUAAGGUGUGCUGUGUUUUUAAAUCGGUUUUAAAUAUACAGAUUACUUAGGAUUUAAAGCGAGAAGUGUUACUGCCUUUUACGCCCGCAGUACUUUUUGUAGAUGUUGUGAAUUUUGUUUUUGUGAUAAUACUUGUGCGACAAUGGCAGACAAUUCAAAAUUGACUGACGAGGAGUUAUUGGAGAUCCGGGAACAGUUUUCUCAGUUGGACACGAGCGGGAACGGGUACAUCGACUUGAAGGAGCUCAAAGACGCCCUCGACGGCGUUGGUUACAAAAUUCCACAAUGGAAGGUGCGAUGCAUGAUCGACGAGUACAACGACAACGGCAGGAAGACCGGGCGCGCCGUCAACGGCAGCAUGAACGGCGACAUGAGGAAGAACGGCAUCUCGCUCACAGAGUUCGAGGAGCUAUGCGCCAAUCUCAAAGCACAACAGGUCUCAAGUACGUUCAAACAGGCUGUAAGCAAAAAAGAGAACCUCGAACAUUUGGGUGGCAUGAGCGAGGCGUCCAGUGAUGGCACAACACACUCAGUCCGCCUUGAAGAACAGAUGGCCUUCUCUGGCUGGAUCAACAGUAACUUGGAGCACGAUCCAGACCUCAAGCACCUGUUGCCGAUAGACCCCGAAGGCAAACAGCUGUACGAGAAACUCAAGGACGGACUCAUUUUGUGCAAAGUCAUAAACCAUUCCUGUCCGGACACGAUAGACGAGCGCGCGAUCAACAAGAAGAACCUCACGCUGUACACCAAACACGAGAACCUCACGCUGGCGCUGGUGUCGUCCCAGGCCAUCGGCUGCAACAUCGUCAACAUCGACGCGCACGAUCUGGCUAAAGGCAAACCCCACUUGGUGCUAGGACUUCUCUGGCAGAUCAUCCGCAUUGGUCUGUUCAACCAGAUCACCCUCGAACACUGUCCGGGACUCACAGAACUGCUCAAUGAUCAGGAGAGAAUCGAAGACCUACUGGCGUUGUCACCGGAGGCGAUCCUGCUCCGCUGGGUCAACCACCAGCUGCAGAGCGCUGGAGUCACGCGCCGCUGCACCAACUUCCAGCAGGACGUGUCCGACUCGGAGAUCUACUCCUACCUGCUCAAACAAAUCGCUCCCGAUGAUGCGGGUGUCACACUUGACGCUCUACGGGAGACAGACCUCGUCCGCCGUGCGGAGGUCAUGCUCCAGCAGGCGGCCAAGCUCCGGUGUCGCGCGUUCGUCACUCCCGCGGACGUGGUGGGCGGAGUCUACAAGCUCAACUUGGCCUUCGUCGCCAACCUCUUCAACCAGCACCCCGGCCUACAGAGAGCCGACACAGGGGAUGACACUUACCACCAGUUGGAUGAGACGCGGGAGGAAAAGACUUACCGCAACUGGAUGAACUCGAUGGGCGUGGCGCCUCACGUCAACUGGCUGUACUCCGACCUCACGGACGGGCUGGUCAUCUUCCAGCUCUACGACAUCAUCAAACCGGGCAUCGUCAACUGGAAGAAGGUCCACCGCCAGUUCUCGAAGCUUCGCAAGUUCAUGGAGCGCCUGGAGAACUGCAACUACGCCGUGGAGCUCGGCCGCCAGCUCGGCUUCUCGCUCGUCGGCAUCGCCGGCGCCGACAUCAACGAGGGCAACGCUACCCUCACCUUGGCGCUGAUCUGGCAGCUGAUGCGCGCGUACACGCUGUCGGUGCUGACGCGGCUGGCCAACACCGGCAACCCCAUCAUAGAGAAGGAGAUCGUGCAGUGGGUCAACAACAAGCUGCAGGCCGCUGGCAAGACCUCCUCCAUCAAGAGCUUCCAGGACGAAGCGCUGGCAGACGGCAAGGUGGUGUUGGACCUCAUAGACUCCAUCAAACCCGGCGCCAUCAACUACGACCUGGUGCUUCACGGAGGCACGCAAGAGGAGAACCUAGCCAACGCUAAAUACGCCGUGUCCAUGGCCCGACGCUGUGGCGCGCGCGUGUACGCGCUCCCAGAAGACAUCACCGAGAGGAAGCCCAAGAUGAUCAUGACAGUGUUCGCCUGUCUCAUGGCCCUCGACUACAUACCCACUAUGGAUGCGCCCACACAUGCGUUGGACGGUACUGCAGUUCAAGUUGUAGAUCACAGCGGAUACGAUGCACCAAUCACAGUUGAUGGUGAGGAAACACCAUAUGUGCAUGAUAAUUUGGUUCAGAGUGAACUAGAGUCUACGGUAUUGGUGCACGAUUUGGAUCAGAGUACACAGGCGGUAUCAGUAGAAGAUAGUUUGGGUCAGACUGAACUAGAGUCUCCCUUAUUGGUUCAAGAUUUGGAUCAGAACGCACUAGCGGCCCCUGAAUUCGUAAAGAGUGAACUACAGUCGCCUGUAUUCGUGAACGACAACUAUGUAUUCGAAGUGAACGAACAAACGAAUGAGAAUAAUGAUCCUAAUUCAGUAUCAGAGGUGAAUGUGGUUGAGAAACCCGCUUUGCCUCCGAAACCAGAGAACUUGGCGCGUUCUACAUCUGUCACUGUUAAAGAAGAUUAAUUUUAUUUUUGGAACGAAGUUCCCUUACAGUAGAGCGAAGUAAUUGACUGAAAAAAUACGUAACAUCCAUCCAAUAGGGCUAAGAUGUGGGCCAUAAAGAGAUAUAUCGUGAAGAGGAAAAUACAUAUUGUCGACAAAUAGCACGGCAUCUUUAUACUUAUAACAAAACUGUUACAGGUAAAAUUCUGUACAUUGAAGAUAUUUGGAACAUUUUUGUUGGAGGGCUAUAUACUUUAAUCGAUACUGAAGAUUUUGUUUUUUAUUUUUUUUUUAAACUACUGAAUGAAUUCAAAUGAAACUUGGCACGAUUUGAGACCAUAAUAAGAAAAUACUUUAUGUCGCGCAAAUAAAAUUAGAAGGGGGUGAAAAGGUGGUUGAAAUUUUGUAUGGAUAUUCCUUUAUUUAUCAAGUUACAUUUGUAAAAAUUGGUAUGUGGUACUAGCAGAAAAAUACUUCCCAUCGCAACGAAAGGAAGAGCGAUGUUUUCGAUUUCGCUAUUGGUCGACAUUAAUUAUGUACUUUUCUCUUCAAGAAAAUAUGUCAUAGACGCAAUAGAGGCCUACGUAAAUGACGACUUUCCCUUAUAUUAUCUGUCUUUCUAUGAAGGUUGAUUGUGUGUUGUUAUCAAUAAUACGUGAUCUUUAAUUAAUUAAAUUUUUUCCUAAAAUAUGAAACUUAACAUUUUAAGAAUAUUAUACUAAAGGUUUGAAAAUGAUAUGAAAAUUAAAUGUACUAUACUAUAUAUAGAGAGAGAGCGAGAGAUAAAGAAAACUGCAUAUUUUUAACUGACAAAAAUAGAAAUCUACAUAGCAUUUGUAGAAAAUUUAAAAUAAUGUAGGUAAGGAAUUUCGUUCCUGGCGCAGGUGCCACGACCAGAUUUUUUAUUUAUUUUAUUGUAAAUAGGUAGUGUUUAUUUAUUUCAACGACGUAAAAAUUCUAACUUUUCGAACAACAACUUCGAAACGUUUCGUGUAGGCAUUUAAUUUUUAUUUAUGUUUAGCAUUUCUUAGUCAUACAUUUUAAUAAAAAGAAAUUGCCUUAAAAUUUUUACUUUUUUAGUAUUUGCUUGGCCAUUAGUCAAUUCAAAAAUUAUGGGAUUUUAUUUUUGUACGAUUGUUUUUGUAUAUUUUGAUUACAUUAAAUAUGUUUUACUAAA